AUGGAUCGCAUUUGCGGCAUGCGCUUCCUUGUAGAAACGGGUGCCGAGGUAAGCGUACUACCGCGCUCCAAGCGUGACCACGGUUCUAAGUCCCCUAGCCCUACGUUGCGCGAGGCCAACUAUAGCUCCAUCGCCACGUAUGGUCUACGUUCCGUAACUCUCGACCUUGGCCUGCGGCGCACGUUCCGGUGGGUCUUCGUCGUUGUCGACGUCAAUCAGCCUAUCCUCGGCUACGACUUCCUGAGCCAUUUCGACCUCGAUGUCAACAUGCGCCGCUGUCGCCUGAUUAACAGCAAGAUGCGACUCUCCAUCUCUGAAGUUAUGUCGGCGGGGGCUCCCACUAGCAUUCGCACGCUGAUUCCACCAUGCCUGUACGCUCGCAUCCAUGAACACUUUCCUGAGGUGUCGAGGCCCUGCAAUUUAAACCAGCCACCCAAGCACAGCGUCACCUACCACAUUGUCACACGUGCUCCAACUGUUGCAGCCCGUCCGUGCCGCCUGUUCGAUGAGCGUCUGGCCAUUGCUAAACGGGAAUUCGUGCGCAUGCUCCAGCUGGGUAUUAUUCGCUCUUCGUCUAGCGGUUGGGCCUCCCCACCUCAUCAGCCCAAGAAAGAAGCGACUCACUGGAGUCCGUGCGGCGACUACGGGGCGCUCAACGCUAACAUGGUCCACUAUACUUAUCCCCUUCCACACACUGAGGUUUCACUGGCCACAUGGAAGGAUUGCACGAUGUUUAGUAUGAACCCUGUCAAGGCCUAUCACCAGAUCCGCGUGGAGUCUGGCGAUAUCCUGAAGACAGCCACUAUAUGCACCUUUCGGCCUGUUUGA